UUAUUUUCCCAAAUCCAAAUUCCUUCCCCAAGUCAAACCUUCAGCAAAUUCCAAAUCCCAAAUUAUUUUUCUUCUUCUCUUCAUUUCCAUUCAAUUCAAACUCUAAAAUCUAUUUUUCUCAAAAUACCCUAAACUCACUUAUUUAUUCACUUAUUUACUUCAAUUUUUUAUUGUAUAAUUUUUUUUUUGAAAAAUUACAUAAAAAUAAACAAACUAAAAUCAUUUUUUUAAAUUUAACUCGAACAAAUAUAUUCGAUUCGAUUCGAUUUGAUUGGAUGCUACCCGCUACUUUAGGCAAUAAAGAAAGAGGUGCCCAACAGCCUCCUCCGAUCAACUCCCAAAACCCAAGUUCUAACUUCUUCAAUAAACUUCUACAGUUUUUUCUUUUUCUACUGUUUGAUCGACCCUUUCUUCAGAUUAAAAAAAAAAAAAACCCUAGACUUCUUCAAUGUCACUUUUACAUUUCUUUCAAGUCUCUAAAAAAGCAUUUGGCUUCGUUUCGCGACGAGGGAGCCAACCAAAUUCCACACUUCCGGAGGAACUAUGCAUUCGUCAGUUUUCACUAGCAGAGAUCAAAGCUGCGACUGCCAACUUCGAUGAAGGCUUUAUUAUUGGUAUAAGUAAUUUUGGAUCUGUAUACAAAGGGGUUAUAGAUGAUGGGACCUUUACAGUUGCUAUCAGACGCAUGAAAUUUAGUCUUAGUGCGUUCCGAACUGAAGUGGUAUUCCUUAGCCAGCUGAACCACUUAAAUGUUGAAUCUCUCAUUGGAUUCUGCAAUGAGAAGGGGGAAACAAUCCUUGUUUAUGAAUACCUGAGCAAUGGGUCGCUCUUUGAUUAUCUCCAUGGUAAUGGUAUCAGUUGCAAUCCAAUUGCCUGGGAAAAGAGGCUACAAAUCUGCAUUGGUGCAGCGCGUGGAUUACAUUACCUUCAUACCGGAGUAAAGUAUAUAGUACUGCACCGCAACGUGACCAGCAACACUAUUCUUUUAGAUCAUGAAUUGGUUCCUAAACUUUCUGGGUUCUUUUUGUCCAGGUUAGGGCCUCAUAGCAUGUCAAAAGCUUCAAUUAAAAAAGAGUCGCUAGAUGUGAUGGCUACUUUCGGAUGCCUUGAUUCAGAAAAUCUGUCAGGAAAAAAUGAUGUCUAUGCAUUUGGUGUUGUCUUACUCGAAGUAAUUUGUGGUAAAACACCAGUCUUUGAAGCAAAUGGUCAGAAAAGAUCUCUGGCUGCCUGGGCAAAUUGGUGUUUCAAGAAUGGGACCAUUUAUCACAAUAUUGAUCCAUAUUUAAAGGGGAGGAUAGCCCCAGAGUGCUUCAACAAGUAUGCGGAGAUUGCUAUGUCUUGUAUCUCUUAUAGCGCAGAUGAACGACCAUCCAUGGGUGAAGUAGAGUCGACUCUACAGGAUGCACUGGAACUGCAGAAGAAAGCAGACUCUGAAAUGAAAUGUAUAAUUCCUCACAGCGAGGUCAUGUAUGAAGAUGAACUAUUUUGUGCACCUUAAUAACAAUGAAGAAUGAAAAGCCAUGAAUUGUGAUAAAAUUUCUGGCAAUAAUAGCACAGCAGUUGGGGAUUUAAUAGCCAUUGAGGUAUGAAGAUACAAAACAGAUGUGCCUUUAGUUGAUGUCUAUGGGAACUACAGUGUUCUGUUUGUUUUUAGAAAGUUUCUUCCAUUGCUAUUGAAGAUAUAUAUCUAUACAUGCCAUUUCUAAAUUUGUUAACAGAAUUAGUGCCCUUUCUCAUUAGCAUGUAUACACCAAAUUUUUUCUCAAUUUACAGGACUUUUGUCUACUUGUUAAGGAAA